AUGGCUCGCUCAGCAGCGAAUGCCACCAGGUUCACAGCGACUAAACCUCACGCCUAUUCAAAUCCGAACCCUUUUCGACCGAUCCCUCAGUCCCUCAACACACCCUUGACCGCAGAGCCUGGAUCUGUACCCAGACCACCUCCUCCACCAAAGCCAGAGACACCGCAAGAGAAAGUCGCUCGACUACGAGCUCUGAGAACCGCACAGCGCAAUGCCGCACUACCGAUAUGGGACAGAAUAGUACUUCGUGGCCGCAAAUGGGCGGACAGAGCUCACAAAGUCACAGCUCUCAGUCUCAUAGGAGCAGGUGGUAUGCACUUCCCUCUUAGUACAGGCAUUUGUUUUUUCGUUGGCACUUUCGCUAUCGGUGACAUGCUGAUCCACAAUCGGCGCAAACGAACCGCUUUCAUAAAUGAACAGCAUCGAAUAUAUUCUUCCCGACUUCUCGCCGCAAUUGAGACUGAAAAGGCCGGCAUAACCCUCACACCCGAGCAAGACCUUGUCCUCACCCGAGAGCGAGCAAAUGCAUUGGCAGAGCAAAAGAAGGAUCAGAAAAGGAUGAGGCCGAAGAUACGCAAUUUCUUUAUGGGCGGAUUGAAAGAGGAGGAUAGACCUGGUCCAGCGCCAAUACCGACAGAGGACAGGGAAAGGAUAGAGAAGCUCAGCGAGGGGAAGAUACCGACUGAGGCAGAGGUCCUGGAAUUACUAGGAGUCGGCUCGUUCGAUACACUGGCGGCAUUGCAGGGGAAAAGACAGGCUGAUAUGGACGCUGGAAGGAAGUUAGUGGUGUCGGAAAGUGUUGGUCCGAUAACGGAGAAAUUAGAAGAGACAAAGAGGGAAGCAGAGCAGGAAAUGAAUACAGAAAGGGGUAGCAGCGUUGGUGGUGUGUUUGAUCAGAUGGCAGACAACCUAGUGAGACGAAUGAAGGGCGAGGAAAGUCACAGGAAGGUGAAUUGA